CUAUUUAAGCAGCAAGCCAGUCUACACCAACACUGCUCUCAGCGCUUGUCAAAAGCCGGUCUUUGCCCAGUAUCGAAUAUGUUGUGGCACAUUCUCGUGUGCUAUUACACUGUAAACUAAAGUGCAUUCGUUAUUCGUCGUAUAACCACACUUAGCCUUUAAUCAUCGGUGUUGUUAGCCGGUCAGUUAUCGAUCAAGCCCUCCGCCCUGCACAACUCAUUGAAAGGACACCGAUCGGGAUUAUUUGCACCUACGGAUGCUUCGUCUAUUAUAAUGCAAGAUGCAUGCUGAUGCUCGGAAGUGGUUGCUCGACUGCGUAUUACUCGUCCUUUUAACCUCCUCCACCUACUGAAAAUAACCGUAAACGUCUGAAAAUCGUUGAUAUUUUGGGGUGAAGAAUGACAGAAUAUAAGCUUGUGGUCGUAGGGGCGGGAGGCGUGGGCAAGAGUGCUCUCACCAUCCAACUCAUCCAGAACCACUUUGUGGACGAAUACGACCCAACCAUAGAGGACUCCUACAGGAAGCAGGUGGUGAUUGAUGGGGAGACGUGUCUGUUGGACAUCUUGGACACUGCAGGUCAGGAGGAGUACAGCGCCAUGAGGGAUCAGUACAUGAGGACAGGAGAGGGCUUCCUCUGUGUCUUCGCCAUCAAUAACACCAAGUCCUUUGAGGACAUUCACCACUACAGAGAGCAGAUAAAACGAGUAAAGGACUCGGAGGACGUCCCCAUGGUCCUGGUGGGGAAUAAGUGUGAUCUUCCGUCCCGCAGUGUGGACACCAAGCAGGCUCAGGAUUUAGCACGGAGCUACGGCAUCCCCUUUAUAGAGACCUCAGCAAAGACGAGACAGAGAGUGGAAGAUGCCUUUUAUACUCUGGUACGGGAAAUCAGGCAAUACCGGCUGAGAAAACUCAGUAAAGAAGAAGAGACAACACAAUGCAUCAAGCUUAAAAAAUGUGUUUUGAUGUGAGCGGGGGCGUGGACGACGCGUUUUACACUUUAGUCCGAGAAAUCCGGAAGCACAAGGAGAAGAUGAGCAAGGAUGGCAAGAAGAAAAAGAAGAAAUCCAAAUCAAAAUGUGUGUUAAUGUGAACAAGCCUUUCCUGUCAUUAUAGACUCAGAAGAAAAAUAAAAAAAACAACUUCCACAGCUGCAUUUUGUACAUUACACUAAAUUAUUAGCCUGCUCAAUACAGAAUGGAUCCUUCUUAAAAGAAAUAAGCUUUACACAGAAGUGGUUUUAUUUUGCAGUUGGUUUAUCUAGAGUAGUUUUAACAGAUUUCUAAAGAAAGGUGUGGACAUGAAAACAGGCUUUCGGUGUGAGGUAUGAGAGAGAGCUAGCCGUGUAGCUAGCUGCAUGUGAGUCACUUGAUUUUCCAGGAACUGAAACUUUGAGGAAUCAUUUUUGGUGGCGUUUUGAAACAUUAUCACUGUGUAUGAUCCUGGCUUUGGAUGUCCCGGACUUCCAAAAACAACCUGCAUGGGAACUUCCAUUGUAGUCGGAUUUCCACGCCCUCUCUGGAAAGCCAUGGUCAUGCAUGGUGAAAUCUUCACCUUGUUAACCUUAUUUCCCUGUAUGCAUGCUGUGUUCUGUUCAUUAAACUUCCAGGGAAUUCUGUGUAAUAGCCACUGUGGUGUCUGUCCGACAGGCGCGAUUAUUUCAACAUGGCCGUUGUUCAUUUUUCUGAUCAAUUCAUGAGGUUUUAUAUAAGAGUCAAAAUCUGCUAAGAGGUAACAGCAUGUAAAAAAAAAAAAAAAGUUUCAACUUCAUUAAACAACCAAUUUAAAUGUACCUCUGCAGGCUUUUUUUUUGAUAUAAGUUUUUUUUUUUUUUUUUUUUUUUCGUAUAAAUCAUAAGUCUUUGAUUUAAACCUAAUAAAUUACAGAUCCUGUUGUAAAUAAUACUGAAAAAUCACCAGCUCCUGGCAGAUUCUGACUAAAAGAAUAAAGCUGCAGUCGACCAAUCAGAGUUAAGUAUUCCAGAGAGCGUUUGGAAUCUCUCUGUAACUAUCUACAUUAGCAAAAGCCUCAGAGGAGGAUUUUUAUUACAUAUGAAUAUUUACCCUCUUGUGUCCAGCCAAACAGCACAAUACAAGGCUGAAUUUAUUAUUAUUAUUUUUUUUAUUGCUAAAUUUUGAUUAGUGAAUAUAACCUACUGUACCACUAGUUGUUUUGAUGCAAAUGUAUGUUAAAAAAAGGAACAAAACAAAUGCCUUGUGCGUUUAUGCUGCCAUCAACCAUCAAGACGUUCUGGUUCUAGAAGACUCCGUCUAGUAUACUAAGGCAAAAUGGCAAGUUUUCAGCCAUCACUCAAACCAAAGAGAGUGAUCUAAAGGUUUAUUUUGUGAUGUCAUGAGGUGAUGUCAUUUAUAGGAGACCUACAAUACACGAGCAGAAUGUUGCUUUAAAACCUUGGUCCUUAAGCAUGACUAGUUUGCUUUUCUGAUACUUGUUUCUAUAUUGCUGUUUGACUAAUACAGAGAAAUCUAAACAGGAAAUAAAUCAGGAUGUCUGCUCAUAUGCAAAGUGAAGUGUUGUGGGUGAUUUCUGUUCCCUUUAAAAUCAUUUACUAUCCGUCUGUAACGCGAGUCAUAAGAUAUUUUUGGAACGGUUUCUGUUCUGAAAUGUUCUGUCUGUUGGUGUGCCAAUUGCAAAUGUUGAGACAAGGGUUCAGACGUACAUGUACCUUGUUUAAACAGCCUUUGUACGGUUGUGAUAAAGAUGAAUAUUUUGUAAAUUGUGCUUUUUUUGUUUAAUGAAUUGAAUGACGCUUAAUUGUGAUUGAGGGUCAUGUGUUGGCGUCUAUGAGAAAGUGCUGAUCUGAGGUCGUCUUUCGCUCCUCGUUCAUGUUUUUCUGGUGAAUGUGAUGGUUCGGAUGAUGGAAGCUGUUCUCAGAUCUGCACGGAUUUAUAAAUGCAACCCAAUCCUGUUUUCCCCCAUUAAUCUCACCUGUCUUAUUUAAUGUGUAAUUAAAAGAAGUACAUAAAACCCA